AUGUCAAAAAAGUUGAGUCGACAAGAGACAAUCGAUAGCGCGCUUGGAGUGGCUUUUAAAAUUUCCGAUGUAGUGGGUAUUGAUUCAAAAAGAAUUCACGAUUCGAUGCGAAAGAAAAGCGUGAAAAACGAUGUCGAAAUGGGGAAUAAACAAGCACAGAAAGAAGCCGAAGAAAUCUUGAAAAAUGCAGUGGAAAAGAAAGGAGAAGAUCGAGAAGAUCGAGAAGAAAUGACAUUAAAUAAUGAUCAUGUUCUUGAGAUACUUAAUUAUAUCAACAAAGUGAAAAACGAUGAAGAAGAGAAGAAAAAGAAAGUGACUCACGGUUGUUCUGUUUUCCUUCAACUUUUCCUCGGUCUUCCCUUCUCAAUUCUUUUCAUUUACAUUGGAUACAAUCAUCAAAAUGAUUGUACGUUGAUCUCAAAGUUGCCUAUUUGGUUAAUCGUUUUGGGUGUGAUCAGUGCGAUUCGCUGUGCAUUGACGGUGUUCAGCUGGAUCGCUUGGAAAGCGCAAUCUCCAGAGACAGCGGGAGCCGUUGAAGCGCUCGACAAAUGUUGUGCGUCAGCUAAUUUCAUCUGGACAAUUUACGGUUGCUAUCUUCUUUGGGAUCAUUGGAACGAUUACACCUACGAGGACAAGCUGAGUCCACUUUUCUGUGACCAUUCAGUGAUGAUUGUGAGCAAAAUGGUGAUUGCUUUAUUUUACGUGGAAAGUAUUGAUGGAGCACUUGGAGCUGUUUAUAAGAUCACUGAAAUGACAGGCUUUGAAACGAAAAGUUUUCACGAUUCGGUGAGGAAAAAAGUUGAUGAGAGAAAGGAAUCAAAAAUGGUGAAUGAUGUGGAAAUGGGGAGGUCAAAGCUGAGAGAAGAAACGAAACAAUUGCUGAAAGAAGCUGUCGAAAAGCGAGAUUUGAUUGAGGGUGAAACGAGUGCGAUACCAAUUCUAAACAACGAGCAAUUACAAGAAGUAUUUAAAGUAUUAGAGGAAGCGGAUGAGAAAAAGAAAACGCAAGAACCGGAGGGAAAUGUGAAUAAAGUGAAGAAAGGGAUGACAAUCGGUGCUGCUUUAGUGACAUUGUUGAUCUUUGGACCGAUGGCUGUCACAAUUUUCCUUGUCGGAUACUUUCAUGAGGAUGAAUGUCCGAUUGAGCGAAUGCCGAAUUGGUUGCGAAUCUCUGGGCUUAUUUGGAUCGCUAGUCUAAUCACAACACUUAUUGAUCUUUUUGCUAUAUAUAAGAAAUCGAAAUCUCUACAAACGUCUACCGAACGAGUCAACUCGAUCAUUCGCUUUAUGAGCUUUAUUUGGUGCUGUUACGGAAUCUAUCUAAUCUGGGACAUUUGGGAUGCGUAUGUGACGGACGAUUCUCAAGUGGACACUUAUUGUCAUCCAACUGUCAUGUUGUUCAGCAAGAUUAUCAUCGGUCUUUUCAUUACCGGAUGGGCGAUUGCGGGUGUAAUAUUGACAUGUCUUUGCAUAUGUUUGUUUCUUGGUUGU